UUUUUUCAUUUUAAAUAAUUUAACAAUUGUUUCUAUAUUUUUAUGGUAAUACCCAACGCUAAUUAUGCCGAAGACUAAGUCAAGGCCAGCAAGGCCAGCCCCCACGGAGCGGACGUCCAGGCGACCUCGACUCCACGCCGCGGCUAGGGAUGAGCCCCAGUCAGUAGUGCAGGCGGCAACCCCACAGGCACGUUCAAGCCCAGUUGAACAGUCAGCGCCACAGGCGCCGACAACCAGCGUUUGCACAAUACCGGUCACUGAGCCACCUGUGCCCACAGUGGGGCAGAUUCAGGGAACUGGCUCCAGCAGCAGACCAGCUACCCCAACCCAUACCAACAUCCUUCCACAACGUGCUCUUGAAGAUGAAAUGAACCGCCUUCUCAUGUCAUCACUAGCCAGUAACACUACCAAAGCUUACGCUGUGGGUCUGCAAGCUUUCGACCAGUUUAGAUUAAAUCAACAGUUGUCCAUCCUUUGGCCACCACCUUCAAAUCACAUUUUAAUGUUCAUAGCUCACCUGUCCAUACAAGGCUGCAAACAAACCACUGCUAGGGCCUAUACAUCUGCAAUUGCAUUUAAAUGUAAAGUAUUAGGGAAUGGUGACCCUACAAAACAUUUCCUUGUUGGUAAAGUGUUAGAAGGCAUGAAAAGGCAAAAUAACAACAGGGAUGUGCGCAUGCCCAUAACCCUAGAGAUUUUGAAUCAAAUCCUUCAUAAGUUGCCUGUGGUAUGCCAGGAUACCUAUGAAACUUCACUGUUUGCUGCUGCGUUUACCUUAGCAUAUUAUGCAUUAUUAAGGGUGGGGGAAUUGGCAUUAUCUAAGGGUAACUCACCCGAUAGAAUCAUCCAGGUUCAGCAUAUUUCAAUUCAACACUCUAUUAUCAAUCUCCUUAUUAAAUACUCCAAGACGGAUCAACUAGGCAAAGGAACCCACUUGCGCAUCAAUGCCACUGACACCCAAUUUUGUCCGGUCAAAAUUAUGAACAAAUAUUUACAAGUUCGGCCAAAUGUUACAGGCCCCCUGUUUUGCCACUACUCCGGCCAACCACUAACCCGCUAUCAGUUCUCAUCAGUACUGGCAAAAGCCCUACAAGUUUUGGGAAUCAACAGCAAGUAUUACAAAUCUCAUUCAUUCAGGAUAGGGGCAGCUACCAUGCUGGCACAGCAGGGCCUAUCAGAACAAGCCAUACAAGCCUCUGGGCGAUGGCAUUCACAAGCCUAUAGGUCUUACAUUAGGUAAUGCAUAUUCAGCAUUCCCCUUCACUCAACUAACCACCGGCAGUUGGCGAUUAAUUAUCAUGUUCCCUCCCUUAGGAUCUUCAUUUUAAUUCCCUAUUUGUAUCUGUCAUUAUUUUAACAAAAUAUUUGCAUUCCUUAACCAAUUUAAUCCAAGUGGUUGCAGAUCCAGUUAAUGUGUGGAUUUUGGGAUCUUCCAUUAUCAAACAUGCUACAAUAGCAGCCUCACAAAGAAUCGGAGGAACCAACCUAUCCAUUCCAAAUGCCAACAUAUGGUGGCAGGGGUACAGUGGCAUGAAACUUUUGGACCUUGUCCCUAAACUCAAGUACCUCAAAGGCCUCAAAUUGCAAAGUCCUCCUCACAUUAUUGUCGUUCAUUGCGGAGCCAAUAAUGUUGGCAAAACUCGUCUUGACCGGCUGUUGACCAUGGUACAUGACAUUCUGUCUCAAUGUAAAACAUUAUUCCCAAAAACCAAAUUUGUGUGGUCCUCUACCCUCCCCAGGAUAACAUGGCGCUAUUCAACAAACACAAAAGCCAUGAACCAAACCCGAACCCGAGUUGACCGCCAAGCAAUUAAAACCAUGGUGAGCCUGGGAGGGGCCUACAUCAAGCAUCCUCAAAUUAAAAUCAGUCAUACCCAACUUUUUCAUAGUGACGGUACCCACCUAUCCAAGUUGGGGAACGACCUUUUUCUCAACAAUUAACAAGGGGCUAUCGAACACAUAAUGGGGGUCAAAACCAAGUAAAACCAUCCCAUCCUCAUUGGCAUUGGUCGGCGGUAUCUAUUUGAGGUGGGGACGUGACGCCGUCACCAAUAUGUAGGACCUUUGGUGGCGGAUGCAUGUUCAUGCAUGUGGCGCUUUCGUCAAACCCCACCUCAAAUGGAACAGUGUUUUCUAAACCGUGUAUCAUUUUUGUGGCGCAAAUAGCGCUUUUCAUCAUUGCAACUUUGAUUCAUGCAAAUUAUUAUGUUUAAUUAUACAAUUGUGUAUUAAAUGGGAUAUUGACCCAUUUAACCUUAUUGCACUUUAAUGCAGCUUUGAUUGAACUUUGAACUCUGAUUGAACUUUGAACUCUGAUUGAACUUUGACCAUAUUGCAUUUUGAGUGGCGUUGUGCAUUUGUGACCUACCCAGUGCACAAUUCAGCCCAUUUUGGGGUCGCCACACUUGAUUGUUUGUUGUUGGGGAGACGACCCUGCGGCCGCUCCCAAAUUUUGUUCCUUAUGUCACCGCGACCAAAUAAGCCAAUUACAUUAAAAUAAAUCCCACCCAAAUUUUUA